CACCCUCACAUCACAUCGCGCCGGUCAGUGGUCACUCGCGCCGUAAUCACACACGCCCUCCGUAACACUCGUGCGAGGCGCGGAAGCCACGAGAAGCCGAGAGCACGCGCGCGCGCACGCGACGCCAACCGACGCGCCUCCCCCACGUUUCCAGGGCGCUCGCCCGGCCCCCUCUGCUCUGACCUGCCAGCCAAACCAACCACCGCCCCGCGCCGGUCCGGAAGCCUCCGACCAGGACGGGGACGGAGCGGCGAUGGCCGGGAGGACGGCCUAGGCGGGGGAGCGGCGAGCGCAUGGCGUCGUCGAGGGUGAUGGCGUCGUCGUCGUCGUCGUCGUCUAAGCCGCCGUCGCACACGGCGUCGGAUCUCGCGCGCUUCGCGCAGGCCGCGGGGAGGCCCGGCGGCGGGGGCGGCAGCGGGAUGGGGUCCAUGAACGUGGAGGAGCUGCUCCGCGGCAUCUACGGCGACGCCCCCACGCCGGCGCCCGACCGGCAGGCGUCGCCCGUUAUCCCGCCCGUGGCGGCGCCGCGGCAGCAGGCGGCCCCGCGGCGGACGGCGGACGAGGUGUGGAGGGAGAUCACCGGCGGCAGCGGCGGGGAGGAGGAGGAGGCCCCGGCCACGGCUGGCGGGGCCGGGGAGAUGACGCUGGAGGACUUCCUGGCGAGGGAGGAGGGCGCCGCCGUCAGGGGCCCCGGCCCUUCCGCGGCGCCGGAGGAGCAGGCGGCGAUGCCGACGAUGGCGCUUCUCGGCGGGGCGGAGGGCGCGCGGGGCGGCGGGAGGGGGAGGAAGCGGCAGCUCAUGGACCCCAUGGACCGCGCCGCGAUGCAGCGGCAGAAGCGGAUGAUCAAGAACCGCGAGUCCGCGGCGAGGUCGCGAGAGAGGAAGCAGGCCUACAUAGCCGAGCUCGAGUCUUUGGUCACGCAGCUCGAAGAGGAGAACGCCCACCUGUCCAAAGAUCAGGAGGAGACAAACCAGAGGCGGCUUAAAGAGCUCAAGGAAAAAGUGACUCCAGUCAUCAUUGCAAAAACGCCGUCGCAAGAUCUUAGAAGAACAAACUCAAUGGAGUGGUAGACAUGAGCCAAGCUCAACAGCCAUCCCCUUACAACUAUAUAGAUUUUGAUUUGUUUGCCUGCCAUUCUUCUGUUUACUGGACUUAACUCAGUUGUUGUAACUUAGUAGAAAUAGCAUAAACAACUUAAAUGGAAUCAUAAUGUGUAGAGCGGAAGGCUGCAUUUGAGCAAAAAGGAGUCGCAUCAGCAGCUUAUAUUC